GGGGACCAGCCCGCUGCCUCGACCGAGAACGCCGCUCCCAAGGUGAAGACCGAGAAAGAAUUGGAGCGCGAGCGCAAGAAGGCCGAGAAAGCGAAGAAAUUUGCGGAGAAGCAGGCUAAAGCCGCUAGCAGUAAGCCUACUGCCCCCAAGGCUGAAAAGAAGGCCCCCAAGGUCGAGAAGGAAAAGGCUGUCGACGCAUACGACCCGAAGACGAUCGAAGCUGGCCGUCUCGACUGGUGGGAGAAGCAUGAUUUAUUCAAGCCUGAAUGGGGCCCUGAUGGCAAGGUGAAGCCUGAGGGUAGCUUCGUUAUCCCAAUCCCGCCUCCCAAUGUCACCGGUUCCCUCCACAUGGGCCACGCCCUUACCAACGCCCUCCAAGAUACCAUGAUCCGUUGGCAGCGUAUGAAGGGCAAGACUACACUCUGGCUCCCUGGAAUGGAUCAUGCCGGUAUCUCAACGCAGAGUGUUGUCGAGAAAAUGCUGUGGAAGAAAGAGCGAAAGACGCGCCACGACAUCGGACGUCCUGCGUUGACCAAGUUGAUUUGGGACUGGAAGCAUGAAUACCAUAGCAACAUCAAGAAUGCUCUCCGAAGACUGGGCGGUUCGUUUGACUGGUCGCGUGAGGCCUUCACAAUGGACCCUAAUCUGUCCGCUGCUGUGACCGAAACUUUCGUAUCUCUCCACGAGGAAGGUAUCAUUUACCGGGCCAAUCGCCUCGUGAACUGGUGUGUUGCGUUGAACACAUCGCUAUCCAACCUUGAGGUCGAUAACAAAGAGGUUGAAGGCCGUACUCUUUUGGAUGUGCCUGGGUACGACAAGAAGGUCGAGUUUGGUGUCCUGACCCACUUCACCUACGAGAUCGACGGUACUACCGAACGUAUCGAGAUCGCCACUACUCGUCCGGAGACUAUGGUUGGUGACACUGGAAUUGCUGUUCAUCCCACUGAUAAGCGGUACAGCCACCUGAUUGGCAAGAAUGCCCGUCACCCAUUCGUGGACCGCCUGAUGCCCAUUGUUGCUGAUGAAGAUGUGGACCCUGAGUUUGGUACUGGUGCUGUCAAGAUUACCCCUGCGCACGAUUUCAAUGAUUUCAACCGUGGUAAGCGUCACAACCUCGAAUUUAUUUCCGUCAUGAACGAUGAUGGUACCUUCAACAAGCACGGUGGACCUUUCGCUGGCAUGAAGCGUUUCGACGCUCGGUACGCCGUCAUUGCCGCUUUAAAAGAAAAGGGCCUGUACGUGAAAUGGGAGCACAAUCCCAUGAAGAUCCCCAUUUGUAGCAAGUCAAACGACGUGAUCGAGCCCAUUCUUAAGCCCCAAUGGUGGAUGAACAUGGAAUCCCUUGUUGGACCCGCCAUCAAGGCUGUGGAGAACGGCGAUAUCAUCAUUCGGCCCGAAAGUGCUGAGAAGAGCUAUUUCCGUUGGAUGAGCAACCUCAACGAUUGGUGUCUGAGCCGACAGCUGUGGUGGGGUCACCAAACUCCUACAUACUUCAUCAAGAUUGAAGGUCAAGAGGGAUCCGACAGCGACGGCAACUUGUGGGUGUCUGGUCGUAACGAAGAAGAGGCCAGGAAAAAGGCCGAGGCCAAAUUCCCUGGACAGAAAUUCGAGCUUAUCCGCGACCCUGAUGUGCUCGAUACCUGGUUCUCAUCGGGUCUAUGGCCCUUCUCUACUUUGGGUUGGCCAAAAAAGACGCACGAUUACGAGAACCUGUACCCCACAUCCGUGCUGGAGACCGGAUGGGAUAUUCUUUUCUUCUGGGUUGCUCGCAUGAUUAUGUUUGGUCUCAAGAUGACCGGAAAGGUUCCUUUCAAGGAGGUGUACUGCCACUCUUUGAUCCGCGAUUCGGAGGGUCGUAAGAUGUCGAAAUCCCUGGGUAAUGUCAUUGAUCCAUUAGAUGUGAUCGAUUCCAUUACUCUUCAAGAGCUUCACGACAAGCUACUUGUGGGUAACCUCGCGGACAAGGAAGUCGCUGCCGCCACCAAGUACCAGAAGAAGGCCUUCCCCAAGGGUAUCCCCGAGUGCGGUACUGAUGCUCUCCGCUUCGCCCUCGUUUCGUACACCACUGGAGGUGGUGACAUUGCUUUCGAUGUCCAGGUCAUUUACGGAUACCGUCGCUUCUGUAAUAAGAUCUACCAAGCCACUAAGUUCGUUCUUGGUAAGCUUGGUGAUGACUUCAAGCCUCUUCCCACUCCUAGCAAGACGGGCCGCGAGUCUCUGUCCGAGCGAUGGAUUCUCCACAAGUUCAAUGCUGCCGCUAAGGAGGUGAAUGAGACUCUUGAGGCCCGUGAGUUCUCCACUGCCGCCAGCACUAUCUACCAGUACUGGUACUCUCAACUCUGUGAUGUUUUCAUCGAAAACUCCAAGUACCUUCUGGCUGAGGAUACUUCGGCUGAAACCAAGGAGUCGGCCAAGCAAACUCUCUACACUGCGCUAGAGGGUGCUUUGACUAUGAUUCACCCUAUCAUGCCUUUCAUUAGUGAAGAGCUGUGGCAGCGUCUGCCCCGUCGUCCUGACGACAAGACAUUCUCGAUCAUGAAGGCCAAAUUCCCCGAGUACAACGCCGAAUUUGACGACCCAGCCGCCGCGACCGCCUACGAGCUUAUUCUCAACACAUCCAAGACCAUCCGAUCGAUUCUUGCCCAAUACGAUGUCAAGACCAAGGGCGAUAUCAUCAUCCAGACCUACGAUGCUACCAGCGAAAAGACCGUGUCUGAGCAACUGAACAGUAUCAAGUCUCUGGGUGGUAAGACCCUGGGCGAGCUUUCACACCUUGGCCCGGACAACAAGGCGGCCCCCGCCGGCUGUGUUGUGGCCACCGUCAGUGCUGAGGCCGCUGUCUACCUGCGUGUUUCUAAGGAGGUUGCCCUCGAGCAGGAAGAGAAGGCCAAGGCUAGUCUCGAGCGUGCCCGUGAGACUGUGCGCAAGUGCCAAACUAUCAUGAGUGCUCCUACCUGGAAGGAGAAGGUCAAGCUUGAAGUGCGCGAGCAGGAGGAGAAGCGACUCCGCGAUGCGGAGAGUGAGGCUGCACUCUUGGAAGAGCAAAUCAAGGCUUUCGAGAAGCUGCGCCUAGAGUAA